AUGGACGACCGCAACCCGAAAGACCUCAUCAACACAGACGACCUCGUCACCACCGAUACAAACAACCUCGUCGCCACCAGCCCAAACAACCUCGUCACAAGCCCCACCAACACCGACGACCUCACCACCAACCUCAACACCCACAUCCACGCCCUCCCCGCCGAGCUCUUCGACACCAUCCACGACCUCGUCUUCAUCCACCCCCCAAACACCAAAGUCUCCAUAACCGCCGCCUACAAACCACCGCCUCAACUCCAAAUCUCCCACACCACCCGCGAAGCCUUCUCCGCGGCAUACUACAGCACGACCAAAUUCGUCUAUCAGAGCAUCGAUCUCACCAGUUCGCUCGGACGCAAGUUUAGGGCGGCUCUUCCAGAUGAGCACAGACGUCUGAUCCGUUACACCUACGUGGUCGAUGCCGAUGGGAGCUGCUGCCGUGGAGUGGUGUUGAGUGCGACAUGUGGUUUCUUCUGA